CCUAACAAAAUGUGUGCGAGCUGUUGGUCUCCGUUGUUUGGAUAUGGUGCCUUUUCAUUAAUUUACCUCAUUCUACCCCACUGCUUUGGUCAAGAUAUAACGUUGACUCCACAGAGUCCUGCCACAGUCAGAGAGGGACAUACUUUAGUGCUGACAUGUCAAUCAGGCCAGACUAGUGGAUUAUAUCAGUUCUUUUAUACCAACAGUGAGGGAAAUAAAAUUGCUUAUGCUAUAGGAGGAGGAGGAUUCAAGUCAUGUGAAAAUAGCAGUAAUGGGGAUUCAUUCUUAGAGUGUGAUUUUGGGACUCCAUGGAAAUUCAAACUAAUAUUGCUAAAUCCUGUUCAUGACCAGGCCGUCUACUGUCAGAGAAGUGGCGGGGCUCAAGAUUUAAAGAACAGCAGUACCACCAUCUUUGUACAGGUGCCCGUCAGUAGUGUUACACUGUCACCAUCGUCCAGUGUAGAGGUCAUUGAAGGAACGUCCUUCACCUUCAGCUGUGUAUCAAAAGCUGCCAGACCAACAGCAAACAUAACAUGGUACAAAGACGGCGUGGUCGUGAGUGAAAGUUCAUCAAGCACAUCAACGAAUAAUCUGCUGUACAAUGUGACCAGCAAUCUUACGUCAUCUUUUCAAAGAAUGGAUAAUGGAAGUAGGAUAUAUUGUACUGCUGUCAACAUCAACGGAGACACUCCAAUCCAGUCAUCCCAAGCUGAAGUAAAUGUUAUAUAUGCACCCCCUGCUGCCCCACAACUGACAGCUGAUGGAUCUACGUCAGUGGAUGAAGGACAGUCCAUUACAUUACGGUGUACCUUGUCUACGCUGGGUAACCCUCCCAUCAUGUUGAGCUGGGUGUGUGGAGAUGACACACUGACCACUGGAGUGACCAAUACAGGGACCCAGUCAGUGCUGACAUUGACAGUCAACAGAAAGUACAACCAGAGAACGUGUCAGUGUAGAGCCACAAGUCCCAGACCGUCAUUGUCGUAUGACAGGACGUCAACAACACAAACUGUCACUGUCUACUAUGCACCCCCUGCUUCCCCACAACUUACAGCUGAUGGAUCUACGUCAGUGGAUGAAAGACAGUCCAUUACAUUACGGUGUACCUUGUCUACGCUGGGUAACCCUCACAUCACGUGGAGCUGGGUGUGUGGAGAUGACACACUGACCACUGGAGUGACCAAUACAGGGACCCAGUCAGUGCUGACAUUGACAGCAAACAGAAAGUACAACCAGAGAACGUGUCAAUGUAGAGCCACAAGUCCAAGAUCGUCAUUGUCGUAUAACAGAACGUCAGGAACACAGACCAUCACUGUGUACUAUGCACCCCCUGCUGCCCCACAACUGACAGCUGAUGGAUCUACGUCAGUAGAUGAAGGACAGUCCAUUACAUUACGGUGUACCUUGUCUACGCUGGGUAACCCUCACAUCACGUGGAGCUGGAUGUGUGGAGAUGACACACUGACCACUGGAGUGACCAAUACAGGGACCCAGUCAGAGCUGACAUUAACAGUAAACAGAAAGUACAACCAGAGAAUGUGUCAGUGUAGAGCCACAAGUCCAAGAUUAUCAUUGUCGUAUAACAGGACGUCAGGAACACAAACCAUCACUGUCUACUGUAAGUAAAUUCUAAAUAUGUACAUGUAUACCCACAUGAAGAUGCAUGUAUUUCAAGUAUGAUUUAAUUGUACAUCAAUGCCAUUUACAGUGCAGUAAGAUGAAAAUUAUAUACAUUGAAUUAAAGUUGAUUCUAUGGAUUUUUUUUUUACUUUAACUCUCAUACAGAAUAAUUUUAGCCAGUCCUCAAAUGCAUUUGCAAAUUAACUUCCAUUCAUUGAUAGUUGAAUAUUUCAUUUAACUUCAUUGUUUAGUUUAAUUUAUUGAAAAAAAUAUCAAUUUCAAUGAA